AAUUCACGAAGGGGGCGCGUGCGCCUGCAGAGCGGAAGUGACAUAAUCAGCUGUGAGGUGACUGGAAAUCCGCUGUUGCUGUGUCCUCUUUCUGGUCGGCCCAGCCCGGCUAUUUGGCCACCUUUCCCUCCCUUAUCCCCGACUGGCUCCUCUUCUUUCCUUCCUUCCUUUCCUCCCUGCUUGCCUGCCAUGUCGGCCCCUGGAGGAGCUGGUGGCGAGUUCGGCAACCCGCUGCGCAAGUUCAAGUUGGUUUUCCUCGGAGAGCAGAGCGUUGGAAAGACAUCUCUGAUCACCAGAUUUAUGUAUGACAGUUUUGACAACACUUAUCAGGCAACUAUUGGAAUUGAUUUUCUCUCGAAGACAAUGUAUUUAGAAGACCGCACGCAGGUCCGACUUCAGCUUUGGGACACAGCAGGCCAAGAGCGGUUCCGUAGUCUCAUUCCCAGCUACAUCCGUGACUCAACUAUUGCAGUGGUAGUCUAUGACAUUACAAAUCUGAAUUCCUUUCAACAAACCUCCAAAUGGAUUGAUGAUGUGAGAACAGAAAGAGGAAGUGAUGUCAUCAUCAUGCUGGUGGGGAAUAAAACUGACCUUGCAGACAAGAGGCAAAUCACUACAGAAGAAGGCGAACAGAGAGCCAAAGAACUGAGUGUGAUGUUCAUUGAGACUAGCGCAAAGACUGGCUAUAAUGUGAAACAGCUUUUCCGUCGUGUGGCUGCCGCCUUACCUGGGAUGGACAGCACUCCGGAGAAAAGCAAAGACGACAUGAUCGACAUCAAACUAGAGAAACCUCCCGAACAGCCGGUAACGGAGAGCGGCUGCUCCUGCUAAAGGAUCCAUUGCGCGGCAGCUCCUUCCCGGUCGCCCAGUCCCUUCUCACUAAAGAACAUCACUUUUCAUUGACUAGAAAAACUUCAACUUUCCGAGGGCUAAACCCCCCCCCAGUCUGAUAAUGUGAUCGAGCCCCCUGUACUGUGGACGGCCCUGGCUGCUCCUUCCUACUGCAUGGUGUGAACCCUCAGCUGUGUCCUGUCCCUUUGUUGGUUGUUGCACUUUGGGUGCCCUGGCACCCUUUUACUAGGUUUCCUAUCUCGGGUGUGUGCACUUAACUGUGUUGUCAUAUGAAUGCAAAGGGAGAGGGGUUUUUCCUAAUUCAGGAAAACGCGGAUCAACCUGCAGCAAAGGAGCUAGCGGAGCUGGGUCAUCUCCUACUUCCUUCCUGCUGCGUUGUAUCCAUUCCUUUUCCAGAGGCUGCUCCUUCAGUUCGGUUUGGCCAUGCCUGCUGUUGCAGCGUGCAUCGGUGUGAUGUAUGCGCUCCAGUGCUGACGUCCUGCAGCAUAGCCUUAGCGACCCACUUACUUCCCCAUUUGAACUCUCUUCCUCCUUCCCUGAGCAUAGCAGAGGGAAGGGAAGAAGGUAGCUCAGAAUAUGUGAUUGAUGCUAGAUAGUUCUGCUGCAAGUCACCUUUAUCUCUACAGAGUGGCUAGUUAUUUUUAAUUGGAGAUAGCCCUACCCUUUUCCCUGAAGGAUGUGGUGCUCAGUUAAGUAUGGAUAAGGAGGAUUGGCAAAACUGGAAUGAGGGUGUAGGGCCUUAUGUCGGAAGCCUGGUUCCUGCAGAGUGAUGAACUGGGGGGGGGGCAUAUUCAGAGCUCAUCAUGAUCUGUUUUUAGGUGAGGCAUGAACUCAACAACUGCUAGCUGGAUUCAAACAGGGACAUAAACUAGACUCAGCCCAAUGCCAGGAGCUGCUAUUUUUGUAUAAUUUAUGUUUCAUUUUAAAUAUGCAAAGUGCUUUACAGUUACUUUUUAUUCUUCAUGGCUGUGUUGCCAUUUUUUUAAAAUAGAUGGCUAUGGACAGCACACUCAUCCACUGUUGGGUGAGUCCAUAACUAGCUAUAAGAACGACCUUUAUCUGAAUUCUGUGUUUUUAUUCUAAUGGACCAGUCUGGGCUUUAAAAACUAAAGAAAAUAGCAUAUCAACUCCCCUUGAAUUGGUCCAGCCACUAUAUAAGAAGUAAGAUUGUAGGACUUUUGUGUUUUGGUCUAAUACUUAUUUUUUCAAAACUUGCUGUUGACCAGUUCUUAAAUUCUACAUAUAUAAGGGUUGUUCAGUUUUAUAUAGUGCACAGUGGAAAAGACUUUAAAUCUUGUUUGGUGUCUGCUUCUUCUGCAUAAGAGCGACCUGUGCAUUUAACCUUUGUAGAGGAUAAAAACUGCUAUAGAUCUAUUGAACUUCAGAUUUAGCGCAGAAUGGGUUUUCAAAUACCUCCCCCUGCAGUUGGGUAUAAGUCAAACUAACAUGCAAACCUACUUGGGAGACAGGCAGAAGAUGGCAUUAAUUGAGUAAUUGUUUCUUUGGACAAAUUACCCACCUUGGUGUAAGGUUGUUUUCUCCAUUUUAAAAGCCCCUAAAUUGUAAUCCCUAGACCAGGAGUAGCUAACAUGGUGCCUGCAAGAUAUGGGGUCUAAAACUCAUCAUUCUUAACCAUUGGCUGAUAGUUGGGAAUCCAAAAAAAUCUGGAGGACACCAUGUUGACUGCCUUUGCCCUAGACUGAGUGUGAAGAACCUUUGGCUGUACAGAUGUUGCUGAACCACAACUCCCGUCAUCCCUGCCUGCUGUCCAUGUUUGCUGAGGCUGAUGAGAGUUGUAGGUCAACAUCAUCUGAAGGGCCAAAGAUUCCCUGCCCCUGGUACCUGCUACUUCAGUAGUUUUGAGACUGCCUCUGGAGAACCAGUAAGGGAUAAUAGCAGGAUAUAUUCCAUACCUAUUUUUGUUUGCCUCCAGUUUGGAGUAAAGAGUAGUUAUUAUUUUGCAAUCAGACUGAAGAAAAUACUCAUUUCCUUUGUGAAUCAUUUCCACAUCUGUUGUUUCAUGCUUGGGGCAAGAAAUGCUGUUAACCUGUGCCAGAGGAGUGUUUGGGAUGAAGCUGAAAGGAAUGGACUGAGGAGAUGCCUGCCCAUCAACACAGCAUAGGAAAACGUUUCUCCUUCCACAUUGGCAGACUUUCUUGGUACAAGCCCAGAGGAAUUCUAAGGGUGGCAAUAGCUGUACAACUUUCCUGCUUGAAAUGUUGAAAUCCCAUCCCCCAACUUCCUCAGCUACUAAGUGAUAAGAUGCAUGUCAAUCUCUCCACUGGGGCCAAUCUGCAGAGGGUUUGUUUCCUUGCCUUUAAAGUGCCCCCCCUCCUUAUUCCUAGAUUAAUAGAGUUGCCAGCUCUAUUUUCAACAGAAGAUCCCAUCCACUUAACAGCUACACAGUAGAAUGAAAUUCAACAAGUACCACUUUGUAUCUUCAAAGCAACUGCAUAAUGGAAAAUACUUGUUGAAUGUCUAUGGUUUUUAUUAUUAAUAUUACAUUGCAACACCAAAAAUAUCUGCCAAGCCCAAAAUAAAAUAAGGGAGAAUACCUUAAUUCCUUGCAAUAAGAGUCUAUAACUUUUGGGAUUUUGUAUGUGUUCAGUAAUUUCCCCAAAACAUGACUCCUCAGGCAGGGAGUCCCACUUAUUCUCAGGUAACAAAGGAAAGCCCAGGUUUUCCACAACGAUGCAGUCUCGUUGAUUCCCCAAGGUCCCAGUUUUUACUGAGCCGUGCUGCUAAGGUGAAGUUGGUUAUCUUUUCUGAGUGUUCAUAGCAUUUAAGUCUGCCAGACUGGCGAAUGUGAGAACCAAUCUUAUGCAUGUGGUGGGAUGCAAGUUUGCACGUACAACUUAAUGGCCCAGUUUGCACAUAAUGCUAAGAAAAUGUGCAGGUUCCCAAAGAGAAGAUUCUGGCCUCUUUGCUUCUUCUCUGGCCCUUCUGCUGCCACAUUGCUAUAAGCUGUGAUUUGGCUUAGCAUUGCAUCCAGACCCAGGCUUGGGCUUAUUUGUCUCAGACAAACCAUGAGGAGUAAGCCACUGUCUGGACGAAAUAAACCACAAGCCUGGAUUUGGAUUUAAUGCUAAGCUAUAAACAAUGGCGUAGUUCACAACAGCAGGACUGGAGGAGGAGCAAAGCAGCCACAAUCUUCUCUCCAUAUUUGCUUGUUUCAUGUUAUCCUGGGCUUGGCUUACCAUUGUGUGUGAAACGGGUCAAUGUCUGCAUCAGUCAUUUGCAUAUACUGCCGUUGCUCUAUUCAUUUUCUACUUUUUAACACGAAAUGAUUGUGAGUAGUGGGCCUUUGUAUGCAUCAUAAUAAGUGCACAAUGGUUCUCUGCCCCAUGUUUGAUAUGGAAGUUGUAGCCUGAUGAACUUUUGACCCACCCCUUGGCCUUGAAGCCAAGGGCUCACAUUGCUUAAUGUUCUGAUUUGUUACUGUUUUGUUUUUACUAGUCUGCUGCAUCUUGAAAGCUUGGGAUACCUAAGCGUGUUUAAAUUAUCUGUCAGGUUUUUUGAUGCUCAACAAUUGUCAUCUCACCCUGAUUCUUGAAACAAUCCCCAAUCUAUGACUGGCCACUGAAAGCCACUCUUCUGUGAGAAUCUGCCACUUCUGUGAUGCUUUGGGUUUCUCCCAUAUUUGUUUAACGUGCAGGAACCCCAUGUGCAAAAUAUUUUAUUUCUUCUCUUCAGUAGCCUCUCCAGCAGAAUUGGCAAGUCUACAGGUUUGGCCCCAUCAGUUCUGAAAGCAAAGGCCACUGCAAAGGCCUGUACUCAUCCUGUAUAUAUGUGUGUGUGUAUAUAUAUAUAUAUAUUUAUAUAUAUACAACCUGUUGUGUGGGAAUUGCUGAUGUCCUGUCAGUGUAUCCUUGUUUCUUUCUCCCGGCAGUUAAACUGGCACCAUUCUCCCUUUCUCACUGGCAGUCCAGUCCUGCCGCUGCUAUUGUGGUGUUCUCUCGACAUGCUGGAAACAUGUUUUUCCAGAGAAUAGAGAUUUUAAACAGAAUACAUAAAUGUUAUGUGGGGAGGGAUUGGGAGUGGCUGGGCAGGCAGGGGGAGAAACGUAGUGAACAGCAUAGUUCACUUUCCCCACUGCCUUCUCUGUGGAUGUGUAUGAUAUUUGAGUGUGUGUCUCUGGCUCUGCUGUCUCCUAGCUGUUAGCCAAGUAAUUGAUUCUUAAUAUAUGAAUAUUGACUUUCAGACUUACAGCUGUGUAUCACACUAAAUAAAGUUAAUU